AUGAAUUUGGUUAACGGUCAGUAUCAGAACGAAGCAGUAGGAUCAGGACCAACAAAUAGUUUAAAUGGUUACGGAGGUUAUUUUUUGAGCUCUACAGCUGCUAGCCCAAACGUCUCAAGUAGAGGUAAUGUAAUUGUGGCUGUACGGUUGUCUGCAUAUCAGAAUUGGCAGCAUCGGUUAGCGGAAGACGGUCUUUACUGCAAGUGCUUGCGCAACUGCGAAAGAUUCAAUACAGGCAUUCCUCAGUGCAAGCUUCUUUUUGUGGUCACUCUUGGAGCGCUCGAUGGUUCUGCGGACUCUCUUGCAAGCAAUGUGUACGUGCUUAAUACCGAUACUGGAAGGAUUUCGGCAUCAGACGAUCAAACUUUGACCCAAAAUGUCUUCAGAAGCGAAAUGCUGAUGCGGCUCAAUAGCAGACCUAUGCCAGUUGAGAAUGAUUUGCUUGGGAUGGUUGAUUAUCGUGUAACGAAUGUAGCAUUUGCUUUGAGAGUCAUAAAAGUAUAUGUCUACCACAUUGGCAAAGUUCUGGACGGCAACGGCGGGACAAAGAAAGAGGAAGCAGUUGCACUUGCUAACAUCUUCACUGUUAUAGUUCCAGAAACUGUAACAUUAGCGGCACAAACGGCUAAUGUCACUGAUGCUAGUGGAGCGUCAAGACUUAAAUUUGCAUCGCGAAAUUUAAGUAACGCACCUUAUAAAUACCAUUAUAGCUUAUCACUGAGUUACUCCGUCCGGUGCUCUGGAACACUUUUGGGGUCAAAUUGUGAUUUGGUCUGUAACAGGUCCCAGACAGACAACACUUUUGCGCUCUGCAGGUCCAAUACUACUGGAUACCUCUCACUUUGCAGAUACUCUACCCAGGACCAGUUAUCUAGUUGUCAGUCUUGCCCGUGGGGAUUUAGAGACGAACUGUACUGCAGAGAUGCCGAAGGCGGUGUCUUAAAACCUCAUACAGCACAAUUAGUACCAACCAGUUUUCGUACAGCAACAAUCGUUCUUUCUUGCAUUGCUGCGAUUUUGCUUCUGCUUCUUCUGAUGGUAACAGUCUAUGCGUGCAUUGCCGCGAAAAGGCGUCGUGCAGAUGAAGAAGAUGCUCCGGGACAUAACUACCACUCUUCGCUUCGUGCUGAAGGUAAUGCAAAUCGGCCGCUACUACAAUUUAUUUUUGAUAAGAGAAGUUCGCUCCCGUUCCUAACCAAAACUCAUUCCACCUACUCUUGCGCACUUCGUUUGCAACCCAUCUUUGCGUGGCUUCAUCGCUCCUCGUUACGUUGCACCGUUUUAGAAUCUUCUCUUCGCAAAACAAAUUAUAUUCCUCCUGCACAUGCUGGAGGAGCGUCUUCUAUUAAUGACACGUUGAACAGCAGCUUUGCAAGCAGUGUUCCUAUGCCGCCCAGUCGUGAAGCAGACGUCUAA